AUGCCCUCGCAAGAAGAGCUCAAGUGGCUCCGUGCAAGAUUUGGCGACGGGGCGAUAUCACAACCUGGAGACUGGUUUAUGACCAUCGAGACGAUAAACCCUCCGAAGCCUAUAUCUCUUACAAUUGGGUGUAUGCCGGUAAUGUUCACUGCCGUCGGAGAAGACCCGCUACCCCUCACGCCUGACAACCAUUAUUCAAACACACGAAUUCCAGACCCAUGCGCGGAAGUGUCAUGGGAGCCAAUGACGUUCCCAACAGUCAACCAUAAUGUUGCCAUUCUUGAGGCCCUUGAGCCCAUCGUAACGUUUUGCUCAAUAAUAUACAUGCCAUACUGGACGAUCGUUGAGCUGGAAUAUAAUGAUGGCCGAGUUUAUGAAGCAAAAUCUCUACCAGGAACGGUUGGAAAUCGAAUGACGCUUUAUCACCACGAGGAGACCCAUGGCAUAAAAAGAUGA